AUGUGGCGCGCGUGGGUGGGGCUCCCUUUGGUCCUCCCGCUCGCUGAAGCAGCUGCACAAAGCACCGUCGAGCUCACCGCUCAAUACUCCAGCUCAACCUGCGUUGACCCACCGACCUUCGUAACGAUUAAAGAGUCUCCGAGUUGCAUCGCGAGCAAGUGCUGUAAUGGCGUAAAGACGGCGACAAUUUGCUCAUCCGAAGACAAAUAUCACUCCGCCGUGAACAACCUCUUCGGCAGCACACGCUUUAUCAUCCGAGAAUCGUACGACGACGCAAACUGCACCGUGCUUCAAAGUGCGAACGCGCUCAGGCUGGACGAUCAGUGCGUGCAGGAUGGAGUCACGCAGAUGUUCGUUCGAAGUCAACUGGCCAGCGACGGAUCAAUUUCCGUGCAGUAUUUCACGGACGCUUCCUGUUCGCAAGACCGUUUGCACCACGCUGAGUUUGUAUCGAAAGAGAUCACGGAGGACCGUACCUGUGAUUCCAACGCGUUGAGAUGGUACGUUUCAAAGCGCGUCAGGCGCUCGCUCGCUCAGACGGCGUCUUCUACCGACGAAGAGGGGGACGAUGACGACACCGGCACUGAAGAGACCGACGCUACGAGCCCUCCCGUGACGGAAAGUGCAGAUGGCGAUGCUAACACCAACUCGGCCACGGACGAUGAAGACCCAAACGCGGGUACAGAUACCAGCAAAAGUGCGGACAGCAGUCCUGAUGAAGAUGAAGCAGGCACGUCGAAGUCCAGUGACAAGGGCUCGAACACUGCAGAACCCACGCCGAUAGCCACCGAGGCACCGAUGACCGAGGCUCCUACCACCGAGCCGCCGACUACUGCACCAACGACGACCCCUCCCACUACAACAGAACCUCCUGCCACAACGAGCGCUCCAGAUCCGACCGAAGCCGCUGUAACUACGGCCACGCCUAAGGUGAAGAAAGUCUCAAGUACCGCUGGUGAGGCUGAUGCAUCCACUACUUCCACUGCAGCCAGUACGCCCUCAAGCAAGACGGAAACCACCGACGAGGCCACGGAAGACUCGGUCAAAGGUGCAAGCGCAAGUGGCAGCAAGGCUGCAGCUACCUCCACCGAAAGCUCUAAUGGCACCACGCUUACUCUGAUAGGGAUUGCAGCAGGGUGUGUUGCUCUUGCCAUCAUCAUCUUGGCGCUGAUUGUUCGACGACUACGAGCCGAACACAAGAGUUUUCACAAUGCCACCCCUGCGCCAGCUACUACCCGCCGAGAUGUGAGAGAUCCCUACGCCAUGCAGACCUCACCCUUCCAGCCUCAACGAUGCACUCAGCGUCGAUACACCACGCUGGCCCAGAAGCCAUAUCUCCUGCAAGAACCUACCGAUGACCAACCUGGACAACGACCGACACAGUCCCAGGCCAUUCAGGAACAACCCAACCCUUUGGAGAACUCUGUCAGCGCUCUCGUUGCUCCAGCCAAGCAGACGGAGGUGUGGAACGACAAGGUCAUCGUCGCCAAUCGAAUCCCCAAAGAGAAGCUGCAAGUCCAGGAGCUCAUAAGCCGCAGCACGUUCGGCGAGGUCUACUCCGGGAUGUACGAUCGCAGACGCGUCGCCGUCAAGAUGCUGCCGCCUCAGAUGCGCCUCGACGUCCAGCAAGUCAACGAUUUCCUGACGGAAGCCAAGCGCGCCGCCACCAUGAGGCACCCGCACAUCGUUUCAUUCAUCGGUGUGGCCUGGAGCGCUCUCUCGGACGCGUGUGUGGUCAUGGAGUACAUGGAUGGAGGCGACCUCCGCUCACUGCUCAACGACUAUGGAGCAACCCGUCAUCCUGUGGGCUUCGACAACGAGAAGGCCACUAUCGCGAUGCACGUGUGCCAGGCUCUGGCCUACAUGCACUCGCUGUCCACACCCAUGAUCCACCGCGACCUCAAGUCCCGCAACAUUCUCCUGAACCAGGCCAUGGAAGCCAAAUUGAUGGAUUUCGGCAUCUCGAGGGAGAAACUCGACGAAAUGGUGACGGCCGGCGUCGAAACUUCGUUGUGGAUCGCUCCUGAGGUGUUGAUGGGGAACAGCUACGGCGACAAGGCCGACAUCUUCUCGUUUGGGGUCGUGCUGUCGGAGCUAGACACACAUCAGCUACCGUACGCGAACGCAACAGCAGGAAGCAGUCAAAUGGCGUGCGCUGUGAUGCUUCAGGAGGUGGUCGCGGGGGCGCUGCAAGUUGAGUUCUCGCAGCAGGGUUCUCAGACCAUGGCGGAGCUUGGACGUGCGUGCACGUCUGUGGACCCGGACCGACGUCCCAAGGCGGCGGAGAUCUUGCACAUUUUGCAGGACGUUUUGAGUGAAGAGCUCCUCGAGUGCUCGUUGUGA